AGUCGGCUGUUUUCCUUCGCAAGGAAGCAAAUGUUAUUACCGCGAAGUACGAGUACGAGUGAAGUGAUUGAAUUAUAAUAAUAACUAGAAACCGAUGGCUGAAGCAACCACCAAGGCGGAGAACACCUCCGCGAAGUAUGGAGUACUGCAUGGCGAUAUCGCGUUCAUUCGUAAAAAUGAACAACUCCUGUUGGAUAUUCAAAACAUUCAACAAAACAUUGAUGCAGUCAAGAAGGCAUAUGAAAACAUCAACCACUUAACAUUAGAAGAAUCAAUCCGUAUCAUCGGCCACCUUACUUACUGCGUAAAUUCCCUAUUUUGGAUGAAACAGAAACUAUCCGGAAACACUGACAUGAUGCCAACCAUCAAACAAAAUCUACAGCGGGUGCAAUCGACAAUAACUCGAACCAAUGAAGUUCGCGAAAAUAUCCACUACAGACCUAGAAUUCAUCAACCGGCGGCUAAACGUUUCAUUCGCGCUGGUAUUAACGUUCCAAAACACAAGACAGUACCGAAGGAGAAUAUGAAAACGAACACUUUAAACGACGUCCAACAGUCAACGGAAAACACAUUUGGCGACAACCGAAAACAAGAGUAAAAUAAUUGUCGAACACUUAACCAUAUUACGGCAAUGAAAAAGCGAGUCAUCGAUUAAACGAAGGAGCAAUUUUUGAUAUCAAUGAUUACUUUACCGUGCUAAGCCCAAGCAGAGUUACGGCUAAAUUAAUAGUACAAAAUAAAGGGUCAUUGAUCGGAGAAUUGUGUUUUAGACGCAAGGGUG